GCCGUAGCCGCUCUCUCCCACCUUCCUUGGCUUCACAGAAAGAAGGACCUUGUCGGACAGAUAUCGAGCGUGUUACGACUGCGCGGGAUGGGCCGCGCAGGAGACGGCGUAUACUUCUCUAUCAUGCUCACUUGAAGGUCGGCUAACGUGCCAUAUGAUUCCCAUUAUUGUUGAGGGAUCCUUGUGGUCUCGAGGAUGGAUCACACUGGCAAUUUUGCGCGGUCUCUCGACGACUCUCUGAUCCAGAUCCGCGACCUGCCUCAGCUGCAGAGCCUUCGCAUCGCUCCUCUUCGCCAGCCGGUUCCAUCUCGGAUACUUAGCGUCCCGUCUCCGCUAGAGCCUAAUGCCAGUGGUGGUGCCCGGGAUGCUAGUCUCUCCAAGACCAAUGCUGCCUCUGCGGGAAACCUCCCAGCAACGCUGCCGACGUUGACGGAGUUCUUGAAUGCUGCCCGAUCGACGACCAACGAUCCCUCCGUGGACUCGCUGUUGAGUUUGGAGCCACCCCCCAAACCUAUUUUGCCGGCAUUCGUCAACCUGCGCGCUGUCGAGCGAUUUCCUUACUCGUCGUUCGAUGAUGAUACCCUCCAUGCGCCUCGCAAGCGUCUCCGAAUCGAUAUCCAAGCCGAGUCGUUUGGAGAACAUCUGCAGUUGCCUAUACCUCAGACACAGAAGGAGCAGCGGCCUCCACCGUUUGGCCCGUUUGCUAUUCUCAACGGUCUGAACGAACCGCCGCCGAAUGCUGCGAUCCUUCCACCGAUCGAAGCCAAGUCAUCGAUAACGCAACUUUUGACCAAGCCUACGAAGGAUUAUACAUCACCGGAUACCACUUCUCCCGCGACCAAUUCUGCCACAGAGACCUUUCAGGUCGAGAAACGGGAAGGGAGGCUGGAAGAGAUUCUUGGUUCGCCGAUCGAGGAUAACGUCGGAUUUGAGCUAGAUCGUGUUGCUGGAGCGUCCGGAGAGCCACCAGAGGAUAUAAGCGAGGAUCGACAUAAUGGAAAAACACAGAGAGAUGAUCAUGAAACGCCCGAGAAGGAUCCUGCAAAUUUUGUUGGUGAUGACGCACCAAUGUCGCCCAAAACAAGGGGUCGUUCUCGCAAAAACCUACGCAAGUGGACGGAGGAAGAGACGACGGCCCUUCUUAGGGGCGUGGUAAAAUGUGGUAUUGGGAACUGGACAGCAAUACUUGCACAACCGGAACUCAAGUUCAAUAAGCGGAGUGCUGCGAACUUGAAAGAUAGAUUUCGAGUAUGCUGCCCUUGGGCUUACCGAGCGGCGGACCCAAAUGAGGCUACGAAGCAGCUGCGAGAUACUCUUGCCAAUGCUCUUCUACGAGCUGAGACAGAAGGCUCCGCAGGAACGCGAGGGAAGAUACUCCUUCCUGACCCACGACCAGCCAACACGGGGAGUGAAUCAACCUCUACUCCGGGGAGCUCAGCGGGUCAUGAUUCCUUGCCGCCCAGUAGCUCCUCCCCCCCAACCCAUGGUGAACUGAAAACGACAAGGGCCUCAAGCAAGUAUACGCCAGUGGCGAGGUCGGCUCCUACGUUGUCAAGUAAAUCCAUGUCAACGCUCGAGUCAUUGGGAAUCCCCGAGCCCCAUUUUACCAUGAACUCCCGACGCCGCUCGCGCCGGCCUUUUACCAAUGCGGAAGAUGAGGCCUUACUGAAAGGCUACGCCGUUCAUGGCUUUCAGUGGACACUGAUACAACAAGACAAACGACUGAGUCUAAGUCAUAGGAAAGCAACCGAUUUGAGGGAUCGAUUCAGGACCAAAUUCCCUCACGCCUACCGUGACGGGGGCUCACAGCCAAGGUCCAGCCUCUACCAGACAGAUUGCAGCCUCUCCAAUACAUUAGGACCUAUAGACCCGGCACUACCCCCUCUUGCUCCUCCACAAGGCCUCCUGGCAGUUUCCUCCUCGUCUUCGAAUCCUACAGCCUCUUCCACAGGCCCGGUAUCGUCCAAUUUCCCUCUAGAUGUCGAGAACACCUCCGGGAACCUGAACGUGGAUGGUUCGUGGGAAGAUAAUACUCUCCCUCCCAUGGUCUGGGAUGAAUUGCCCUAACAUAAGACGUGCUGGUCAUUCCACCAUCGUUUCAGUCUGGCAACCCUCUCCUUGUACCUGCGAUUACCAGUCAGGAUGUUUAUCUUUAUAAUUUGACUUGGGUUGUUUUUCUCUUGUCAUUUUACAUUUCACACUUUUACUUCCUCGGGACGUUAAUAUAUUUCAAACCUCCGAAAUAUGAAAAAUCAGCGUAAGCAAGAGUGAUAAAUAAUGGAUCAAUCUCAAAUAGCUCUUAGCCCAAAUUUGGAUAAGAUAAGAGGAUGAUUCACAU